UGCAACUCACGAUGAAAGUGGGCCUUGUUCUCCUCGUUCAAUAAUGCAGCCUGUUGAGUCUCCGUCCAAUGAAAUAUGGUCACAAUGUUCAAUAAAUGAUUUUAAUAACAACCUUAGAAAUCGAGAUUUUUCAUGCAUGUACAAUCAACCUGCUUUUGAUAAUGGUGCUGGUAAUGGUGAUAUAAAUCCACCAACAAUCAACACUCCGAUACCUCAUGAUCCGAAUCGUAACGAUAAUCAAGCACCAACAGUGUUCCACGUCGAAAUCACCGACGAUAGAGAGCAGUUAACUGUUGGUUUGAAAGAUUUUUCAGAGAACCGCAAAAUAAAGAUCUACUACGAUCGUUAUAAGCUGGUGAUAACCCAACGAGACACCGACUAUUCGUCGACAUCAACUGGCUACAGGCAAGACCUUCAAAUACGUGUAGCUGAUAAUAGGAUGAUCACACUGGAUCCAUCAGAAAUAAAUCCAUCAAAAGUGAUAUAUAUUUACCACGAUAAUGGAUACAUUUACGUUUAUCAAGGUAGAAAACCCGGAAGUGACACAAAUGAUGUAACUCAACCACCAGUUAAUAACAAUCCCGGAGGAUUUGAUCAUUGGCCGUGGGGAUAUCAAUAUGCAUUUUGUUUUGGAAGAUCGUAUUUCCAAUUAAACAAAUUGGUAUCGAUAAGUUUCAGGGACAAUAGAUUAUAUGUAUCACAGCUUAAUGCUCCAAAUAAUAAUAAUGUAAAUAGCCCACCUCCACCUUCUGAUCUGGCGUACACUGGACCUGAUACAAAGGGAAUAUAUAUUAUUCCUAGUGAAAUAAAACCUAAUAAAGAAGUUUGUGCAUGGCAAGCUAAUGGUCAGAUACAUGUUAGAACUCGAAAUACGAAUUCUGCACAUUAUAGUUAUUGGCAUUACUAGGAGGGUAAGUUAUUCGUAAUGUGUCAGCACGAUGCGUUUAGUACGAGUCGUAGGUGCGCAGGCACAAGCGAAACGAGUGCAUACUGCGCACCGGAGACGAGAGCUAAACACAUCGCGGAUGACGAAUUAUGACUUAACCUACAUGUUGCGCCCAUAAUUUUAUUCAACUCAUGUGCGCUAUUUACGUUUUAUUCAUCGCCUAAAAAGCGAAGUCUAAAUAGUUGUUUACUGACAUGGUGAAAAAAAACUUAUAAUAUUAAGAAUAUGACAAAAUUAUAGGGAUAUAGAUUUAGUUCAACGGAAAUCAAAUUCAAUAAGUCAAAGUUUCAACUCCACAUUAAAAACAAUCGGCAUCACAAUCUUGACUGCUCAAUGGGUAACAACAGGGAGUUGUAAAUACCCAAUAUUCCCGAAGUAGUUAGAGCCCGAAAGAUAGUUACGUUUAUAUUUAUUACAUUUCAAUGGCCGUGAUAGUAGACAUCUUUAUUGCGUUUUGACAAAUAAUUUUUCACCAGCCGGUAAUCGGCCUUUUAGGGUUCGGAUUUUAGGCAUGAUAAAAUGUGAAU